AUGCCGUUUAUAACAUCAAGACCGGUGGCGAAAAAUUCAUCCCACUCUUUAUCAGAAACAGAUUUAAACCAGUCUAAAGGACAGCCGUUUCAACCCUCUCCCACCAAGAAAUUAGGGUCCAUGCAACAACGAAGAAGAUCCUCCACCAUUAGGCACGCGCUAUCAUCUUUACUUGGUGGCGCUAAUGUUCACUCACCUGCCGUCUUGAACAACACAACGAAAGGCGGCAAUAAUAACGGCAACAUCAGAAGCAGCAAUACAGACGCCCAACUCCUUGGCAAAAAACAGAACAAACAGCCGCCGCCAAACGCAAGGCGACACAGUACCACUGCCAUACAGGGCUCUAUCAGCGAUAGUGCUACUACGACUCCGAGAUCCUCGACUUCCGACACCAACCGUCGCACUUCGGGAAGAUUGUCGGUAGACCAAGAGCCCAGAAUCUCUGGGGGACGCUAUUCACAGAUUGAGGAGGAUAGCACAGUACUAGAUUUUGAUGAUGACCAUAACUCAUCAGCUGUAGUGUCAAGCGAUUUAUCAUCAACUUCUCUAACAAGGUUGGCAAACUCGAAAAAGUUUAACGAGCAAUUUCUCAUAGAAUAUUUAACCGCUAGAGGUCUCCUGGGCCCAAAAACCGUUCUAUCCAAUGAGUACUUGAAGAUUUCUAUUUCUACAAGCGGUGAAAGCGUUUUCUUACCAACGAUAUCCUCGAAUGACGAUGAGUACCUGUCCAGACUAAACGGACUCAAUGAUGGUACGGACGAUGCUGAGGCGGAUUUUUUUAUGGAUGGUAUAGACCAGCAAGAAGGUAACACUCCAUCUCUCGCUACAACGGCAGCGGCUACCGAAAGUGGUGGCAGCAUAAAUGAAAAUAGAGACACACUCCUGAGAGAAAAUAAUUCAGGAGACCAUCCAGGCUCCGGCUCGGAACUUAAUACAAGGUCUGUUGAAAUCGACAGUUCCAUGGUCUCUUACAGCAUAGCAGUUAUAGUAUCCGUUAAAAAACCAACCCGAUUUACGGACAUGCAAUUGGAAUUAUGUUCAAGGGUUAAAGUGUUUUGGAAUACAGGUGUUCCUCCUACAAAGACGUUUAAUGAAGAAUUUUAUAAUGCUGCAUCAAUGAAAUGGAAUUUGAAUGAUGAAAACUUCGAUUUGUUUGUACCAUUAAGCAUAUCCCCAGAUGAUCAAAUGAUUGAAAACAACUCCAACGAUCGUCAAAUGAGGUUGUUCAAGAAUAUUCCUACAGAGGAGAGACUGUAUUUGGACAAGACUAAAACAAAAGCCAGCCUUUUAAACGCCAUAGACGUAAAUAAGACUCAUCUUUACCAACCUGGAGACUAUGUAUUCUUAGUACCAGUGGUUUUCUCUAAUCAUAUUCCGGAGACUAUCUAUUUACCCUCUGCACGUGUUAGUUACAGACUAAGGCUUGCAACAAAGGCAAUCAAUAGAAAGGGUUUCUAUCGUCAAGAUUCAAACUCUCCGCAACCUAUUGUGUCGCCAGACUCUUCUUCAUCACUAAGCUCCACUACAUCUUCAUUAAAACUUACCGAAACAGAAUCCGCUCAGGCCCAUAGGAGGAUAAGCAACACUUUGUUUAGUAAAGUUAAAAAUCAUCUACACAUGAGCUCACAUCAACUGAAAAAUGAAGAAUCAGGAGAAGAGGACAUUUUCGCAGAGUAUCCAAUAAAAGUUAUUAGAACUCCACCGCCCGUUGCCGUAUCCACUGCGAAUAAACCAAUCUAUAUUAAUAGGGUUUGGACAGAUUCUUUGUCAUACGAGAUUUCCUUUGCUCAGAAAUACGUUUCACUAAACAGUGAAGUCCCAAUCAAGAUAAAAUUGGCACCGAUAUGCAAAAACGUUUGUGUUAAACGUAUUCAUGUCAGUAUUACUGAAAGAGUCACAUUUGUUAGUAAAGGUUAUGAAUAUGAGUAUGAUCAAACAGAUCCCGUUGCUAAAGACCCUUAUAAUCCGUAUUAUUUAGAUUUCGCCUCCAAGAGAAGAAAGGAAAGAAGUGUAUCAUUAUUUGAAAUCAGAACUAAGGAGAAGGGCACGAGAGCUCUAAGGGAGGAAAUUGUUGAAAAUUCAUUCAAUGACAAUCUCUUAUCUUAUAGUCCUUUUGAUGACGACAGCGAUUCAAAAGGCAAUCCGAAAGAAAGGCUCGGUAUAACGGAACCAAUAAUUAUUGAAACAAAAUUGAAGUUCCCCAAAUACGAAGAUUUGGAUAAAAGAACCGCAAAGAUAAUACCACCUUAUGGUAUCGAUGCAUACACGAGCAUCCCCAAUCCCGAACAUGCCGUAGCCAAUGGACCCUCACACCGUCGUCCCAGUGUAAUAGGCUUUUUAUCCGGUCAUAAAGGCUCGAAAAGUCAUGAAGAAAAUGAAAAACCUGUUUAUGAUCCAAAAUUCCAUCAAACAAUAAUCAAAUCCAAUUCUGGUUUGCCCGUGAAAACACAUACCAGAUUAAACACACCGAAAAGAGGCUUGUACUUGGAUAGUUUACACUUCAGUAAUGUUUACUGUAGACAUAAGCUGGAAAUUAUGCUACGAAUCAGUAAACCUGAUCCUGAGUGUCCGUCCAAAUUAAGACAUUAUGAGGUUCUAAUCGAUACGCCCAUAUUCCUGGUGUCUGAACAGUGCAACAGUGGUAAUAUGGAGUUACCCACUUAUGAUAUGGCCACAAUGGAAGGCAAAGGCAACCAGGUUCCUCUAAGUAUGAACAGCGACUUUUUUGGUAACACAUGUCCACCUCCGCCAACUUUUGAAGAAGCCAUAUCCGUUCCAGCUUCUCCCAUUGUCUCACCGAUGGGAUCACCUAAUAUCAUGGCCUCGUAUGACCCUGAUUUACUAUCUAUUCAACAAUUGAACUUAUCAAGAACUACGUCAGUUAGUGGGCCAUCCGGAUACAGCGAUGAUGCCGGUGUGCCAAAUGUUAAUCGGAACAGUAUUUCAAAUGCCAAUGCCAUGAACGGCAGUAUUUCGAAUUCCGCAUUUGUUUCGGGCAAUAGUGGCCAAGGUGUUGCUAGAGCAAGAGCAACGUCAGUGAAUGACAGGUCAAGAUUCAAUAAUCUCGAUAAAUUAUUGAGCACUCCAUCGCCCGUCAAUAGAUCUCACAAUUCAUCACCAACAAAUGGCUUAUCACAAGCAAAUGGUACUGUGAGGAUUCCAAACGCUACCACUGAAAACUCUAAGGACAAACAGAACGAAUUUUUCAAAAAGGGUUACACUUUAGCGAAUGUAAAAGAUGAUGAAGAACAAGAAGGAAUAGUAAGUUCGAGCUCCGCAGAUUCGCUACUCUCUCAUGGUAACGAGCCUCCGCGUUAUGACGAAAUAGUGCCUUUGAUGAGUGAUGAAGAAUGA